ACCGACGUAGCCGUUGGUUAUAUAACACCGGGCCAAGCCAACGCGCGGCCCAAACAAUGCCGUUGACAGCAAAGUCGCACUCGCAGUCGCAGCCGCAGUCGCAGUCGAAGUCGAAACCCAAACCCAAACCAGUUUGGUCGAUGCCGCUGCUACAGUUACCCGUUUUUUAAGAGCAAAAUUGACGCAAGGGUACCAACAGAUCACCUCCAGCACCACCGCACCGCCGCACCACAUGCACCACCCGUCCAGUCUGGCAACGGGUUUGGCAUGUUAUUCACUUUGGCUUUCAGUCGGCAGCUCGCGCGUCUUGGUUUAUUUUCUAGUCGCAGCCGAUUGGCCAUAUACAAAAAUAUGGAAAAUCUUGGCUCGCCAGUUGGCACAUUCGCACUCAGGCCCUGCCAGAAGUCAGUCCAGUUCCAGUCGCAGUCACAGUCGCAAUCGCAGUCCAGAGAUGAAACUUAACGCCUUGUUGCUCAGCCUUGCCGUGGUGGCAACUGCCACAGUUGGCCAGGUCAGCGCCAAGUUUCAGAUACGCACUCACGACGAUGCCGUGCAGGCGCACGAGGAGUGCCUCGAGCAGUAUCAUGUGCCCGAUGAUAUUUACGAGAAGUUCCUGAAUUAUGAGUUUCCCGAACAUCGCCGCACGGCCUGCUAUGUGAAGUGCUUUGUGGAGAAGAUGGGCCUGUUCACGGAGCGCAAGGGCUUCAAUGAGAAGGCGAUUAUAGCGCAGUUCACAUCGAACAAUUUCAAGGAUCUGGAGCCAGUGCGUCAUGGCCUCGAGAAGUGCAUUGAUCACAAUGAAGCCGAAUCGGAUGUCUGCACCUGGGCCAAUCGUGUCUUCUCCUGCUGGCUGCCCAUCAAUCGCCAUGUUGUGCGCAAGACCGUAGCCGAUCUCACGGGCGAUGCGCAGAUAUUGGAGAAGUGCCUGAGCGAGAUCAGCAGCCCGGAGCGCAUCGACAGCGAUCUGAGGAAGCUGGCACGGUAUGCGAACUGGACCAGCGAGGAGCUGCCCUGCCUGAUGCGCUGUCUGGCCAGCGAGAAGGGCUGGUUCGACAUCCAAGCCAACAGGUGGCACAAACAGCGCCUGGCCGAGGAGCUGGGCGCCGACAUCUACAACUAUUGCCGCUACGAGCUGCGCCGCAAAACCCGCGACGGCUGCACCUAUGCGCAUCGCGGCCUGCGCUGCCUGAAGCAGGCGGAGCUGCAUGCAGGCAACAGCCUCACGAUAUUGCUGCUCUGCAGCAGCCAGCUGAAUGCCACCAAUGUCCAGCUGCUGCAGUACAGCCAGCUGAAACCCAACGAGUCCAUACCCUGUCUCUUCCAGUGCUUUGCCGAUGCGCUGCGCCUCUACGACGAGGCCGGCAACUGGCGUCUGCUCAACUGGCAGCAGGCCUUCGGACCCAGCCGCCAGGAGCCUCAGCCGGAUUACAGCGCCUGCCGCACCAGCGACGAGCAGCGGCGCCUGGCGGCCAGCAAGUGCGCCUGGAUGUACGACGAGUAUCUGUGCUGGGAGCGACUCAACGGCAAUCUCAAUGUAACGAACGUGGUUUAAUGUGAGCCCCAACUGCAAAUCUUCAUUUCAGCCCCAAACAUGUUUCUCUUCGUACCACACUUUGCACCUCAAACGCUAUUUACAGUUUAAUAGGCGUAGCCAGUUAAAAAUACACUCAAAAAAAUAAUUGUGGUUUCAACUUAUUCAAAGCUCACAAUAAUAUGAUAAAAUUUCCUAACUUAUAAAAGUUUUCAUUCACAAAUAUUCUCUAUAUUUCUAAUACGCUUUAAAACAUUUUGAUAUACGAAAAAAAGUUUUAUGCACUUUCCAAAAAUUUAUAUAAAAUUAUUUUUGAAUGCAGUUUUUACAAUAUGCAAUGAUAUUGCCCUGCAGUCAUAUAUGCAUAUAUUAAUUCAGGUAUCGUAUUUCUUCUUGAUAUGACCACAGAACGGAGAAAAAAACAAUUUCGGGCUGAUUCUUUCUAUAUGAUAUAUGCAGUUGAUAAUAUAUGGAUCAUAUGUAAGAAGUGUGAACAAGAUGUUAUAGCAAUUACUGAGAUUGAUUAAUUUAUCUUUCGAAAUAUAGCACCUAAAAAAGCUGAACCUUCAGUAAAAGUUUGAUUACCGAAAAAAAACACAUAAAUAAGAAUGCAUUAACUAUAUAGUAAUAUAUUAAAGGAUCGCAAAAAAUGGAGGACAAUACUUCGUUUUAAAUA